AUGGGAGGAAAAUCAGAAGAUAAAGCAAAAACAUCCGAAUUUGAACUUUCUAGAGAUGAGCAGGAUCAUCUGGAGAAGGUCAAGAUUGUACCCAAGAACGUAGAUACCAAGGGCAUUUCAAUUUUCUGUUCAGUAUGUCAACAAACAAUAUACCCACAUCAUCUUUUUUAUCAUAAAAAAGAGCACAAAGCCCUAAGUUUCCUGGGCUGCAGUAGCCCACAGACAGACAAGCAAACACUUUUAGCUCAGAGACAGAAGCUGAUUUCAAAACUGACCAAGCUUCCUAAAUAUUCUGAGAGAGACAGGCAGAAGAUUGAUUAUUCAUUUGAAUUCCUUAUGGAUAAACAGACUUACACAUCAUGUUGUGAUCUUGAUAACUUUAACAAUUCUAGCACUCUUAAGAAAGUAAAAAAUUCCUUAAUAAAAGCAUUAUCAAUCUGCCAAGAUAAAAAUUCCAGCUGGCAAGGAGACAUGGAAGACAGAUAUAUCGUGCUGGAUAAUUAUGGAAGUAGGUCAGACACAUGUUUUCUGGGAUUAGUUGAUGGCUAUUGUGGUGUGACAGCUGCAGAAGCAGUUUCAGCAGAGCUUCCACUUUUAUUUCUUGACCAACUUGCUCAAACAGAUUCCUCCUAUAGGAAGAGUAAGGAUGAACAGCAAAUUCUAGAUUCUUUUGCCCCAGUAAUCACAGCAGAUUAUAGGGAAAAAGAGAGGAUUUUCUCUGAUAAACAGGAGAAUGACAAGACUAACAAGACAAAUACUUACAAAUGGAUUCACAAAGCAUAUGCCAAGUCCUUCUGGAGAAUGGAUAGACUUUUACAACUAGGAAGGAAUGAGACUUCCAAAGUCCGCUGGAGCGGCUGUUCAACUGUUACCUGUUUGGUGGAGAGAAUUCACAACGAAAAGACAGACAGCACUAAGGAGGAAGAAAUAAAUUACUUUGAAAACCACAGGCAUAGUCCAUUAGCCAGAACAUCCAAAAGUGCUGCUGGGUUACUGCACAUUGCUAAUAUUGGUAAUGUACAUGCAGUCUUAUGUAAAAAUGGAAAAGGGUAUUGCCUCUCAAAAGAGCACAGCACUUCUAAUGCAAGUGAGAGAAAACGCAUACUACAGAACGGUGGAAACAUCAGCACUAACGAACCCGAUGGAUUAGUAGAAGGGCAUCUGAGAACCACAAGGGGUCUUGGACAUCAUGGAGAUCCAGUACUGAAAAAAUCUGUUAUACCUGUACCUCAUACCAUAUCUGUCCCCAUCGAUGAUUCUUGUCAAUUUCUUAUUUUAGCUUCCAAUGGACUUUGGGAGGUUUUGGAUUACAGUGAGGUACUUGCAUUAACACUAACAACAUUCACUCACUAUUUGAGAAUGUAUGGAUGUAUUCAACAAAAUGUGACUUCUCUGCAUAAAUGUCAAUAUUUGGUGCCUCUUUCUGAAGACCAUUUAAAUGACUCAAAGGCUAUUAAUGAUCUGCCAGAUGGAGCAGAGAUACUGUAUCCUAACACAGAUAUUUUUCUUGCUGAUUCAAAAGGCAACCUGACACAAAACGAGCCAAGAUGUUCUAGGAGGAGCUCUCUGCACAGUGAAGAUGGAGCUUUUAAAGACACUGACGACCACAAAACUCAAGCUGAUACAGAACCAUGUCCUCUCAGUGACAAGGAAACACAUUCACAGAACAGACAGGUAACACACUCUGAGUCUAGCACACAAGGCAGCUCUGAAGAACUGAAACAGUCUGAGGACCAAAAAGUGCAUCUAUGUAACAGUUUUCAGCCACACUCACAGACUGCAGGGCAAGAAGACACAGACUUGGACACUUUCUGCGCAAGAGACCCAAGUCACACUGCUGAAAAACUGUUGAAGAAUGCACUGUUAAUAGAGUCUAAAGACACAAAAGAGCCUGAAGACGACACAAAAGAAUACCCUUCUAAUUGUGAUUCAGACGCACAACUGGCAGAAGAAGGGGACUUCAAGCCAUUUUCUGACAAAGCUGCAAGUUACACUGGUCAACAAUCAGUAAAGACUGUACUGACAGUUGGUUCUAAACCAUCACCACAGUCUGAAGAGGACAUAAAAGCAUACCUGUCUAGCUGUGAAACACCCACUACAGCAAGAGGCAGACUCCUCUCUCAGACGUUCUACGACAAUGCAGCAGGCUACAUUAGUGAACAACUGGUAAAGACCGCAUUAGCUGCAGGUUCAAGAGAUAAUAUUACUAUUUUGAUUGUACUUCUAAAUGGAUGUGAUAAAAUACCUAACUACGUCAACAUUUAA